GGGAGCUUUGCCCGCCUUCCUCACUGUGUCUAGGAGCUUUGAACACGCCCAUGCGCAGGCAGCCGGCUUGGGACACUCGCUGGGGAGCGCGGCGAACCCUUGGGGCUGCCCGUCCCAGCCCCCUCGAUCAGCGGAGCCGCUGCCUUCACAGGCUGCAGAGGCGACGGCGGAGCCGAGCCGAGCGGCCGGUCCCCGAGGGACACCCCGAGCAGCUCCUGUGCGAGGCGGGGGGUGGGCCGCUGGCUGGCUGGCAGCAGCACCCCUGGGGAGAGGGCGAUUUGCCUGCGGCUUGCAAUGCGCUGCCUGGCGGUUAGAAGGCGUCCGAGAUCCCCCGCCGCAGGAGGGGGAGAGAGGCGGAGGAGCCGCGCUCCGGAAAACUUCCCGGCGCUGUGAAGACGCAGCGGGCUGAGCGGGGGGGGCUCGGGUCCCACCUGGCCCCUGUUCCUGAGCCAGCGUUGAUGCCUUGCGGUAUCGUCCCUGCCAGGCGCUUGUCACAGGCGCUAGAGCCACGAUCCCCCGGCAGCUGAGUCUAACAGGGCUCUGGUGUCACCUGCAACAAAAACAAAACGCCUUUGCAAGGGCUUUUCCGAAAGCUCCACUCGGCAGCUCCAGUGAGAAAUGCCGCGCUCAGCCUGGGUGCGCUCAGUGAAUCUUCAACUAGUGUCUGCCCGGCUCCCUCUUGGCAAGUUUGGAGCGUGGCAGAGAGAGGAGAGAUCAGGAGUAAUAGGAACGGGAGCUACGUGCGUUUGUUACUUACAGGUGCAUUGAAACGCUUCAUUUCUCUCGUCUUGUGGGUUUUUUUUUUCCCGUGACUAAUUAACACUGGUCAUAAAUAACUGAUGCCAAGUGCAAGGGGAGAGAGAGUCUUCUGCUGGCUGUAAGCAGGGCCGAAGCGUGGGGUCUGCUGAAGGGAACCACUUCACUGGGCUGCUGAGAGCUGUUUCACGGACAGGAAAAGACUGGGAUCAUUCCAGGAGGGUAACUGGGGGCAGGGAGUGUCGCUCGCCAUUCCCGCUGAAGCUGUGUAUGCGGAGCUACUCUCGUUGCAGAGGCAGGGUAAGGAGCUGUCCUUUCAGCACCCACCGCCGUCCCUUUGCUCAACAGCCAACUUUCCCCAUUGCUCUGGGAUACCACCCUCUACUUAGCCUAUCCCAAGUGCUUCCUGCAACUUGCAAUUAUCCGCCUCGGGUGGGGUCUCUCUGUAUGUUAAUCAGGUGAGACUACGUCGUAUCUCUCCCUCCCCACCAGCCCCUUUUGGGUCUUAACACUUUGAAGCAUAAGGUCGGCUGAAAACGGAGCCCAACUUGAGCCAAAGCAGGCCUGCUGCGUUGUUGUUGUGGGUUGUAAGGUAGUUCUGCCCAUUUCAUUUCAUCCCAGUACAUUUUGCAUGUAAAUUCAUUUCCAGGUUAUCUCACCCGAACGGGUGAUUUGCAGACCUCGGACCGUUUUCUUUAAAAUAAAAAGCAACCUUCCUCUUUGAUAGGCAAUUUGAAUCUGUAUUUAAAUUGGAGAAAGGCCUGGAAAAAAAAUCAGUGUGUGUGGAGGAGAAGAGGCAGAAGUCAGCCAGUCAAAAGCCUGUGUAUGUGAGAGAGUUUAUAAGGGAGCAAUAUUUUCUGACAUGCGAAUCUACACUUGGAAACAAAAGUGAAGCAUGUUGCAUGGAGCAGAUUUUACCUUGUGUUUGUAAAAUGACUUUGAGGUCUAAGAAAUAACCCGUUGGUAUAAAAACAAAGAAUAAAAAAACACUCGUGUUGCCAUAAACCCUCAUAAUAUGGUUGCAGCAUUGCCUUUAGGAAUGACAUCUCUAUACUAAUAUAGGGUAAUAGCCUCAUUAAGCGAGCUGCAUGCUUGUUGCACAGAUAUCACUGUGGCUUCUAAUCAACUCCUUCCAAAACACGGGCAGUCCAGUUGUGAUCUAUAAUCCAUUAUAUUACAAAAUCCUUGGGGGAAAUGUCCCUAUAGUAUAAUAGGGUCCCUGACAAAUAACUUUUAACAUAAUAAUGAAAUCAUGACAGUGAGGGGGAAAUAUGGUAAUGGGACAGUAAAGAACUUACAUUUGGUGGAUGAGAGUCAAAUUGUGACUUAACAGACCCAUAAGUGGGUAACGUGAACUAUCAAAUUAUGGAGGAGCGUAAAAGCUAAACAAACAUGGUACCCGUAGAUUGUUUAUUCCUCAUAAAAUACAACUCUACAAAGCAGGAAGUUACUGCAAACAUUUAUCAAUAAUGAAUGAAUCUCCUGUAAUAAAAUACUUACAUAAUUAGCUACAGCCAAGUAUGUGCAUUAUGCUAACCCUUUUGCAACUCUGUGGAAAAUCUGAGUUGACAAAUCCUUUAAAAUACCCCUUUAAAUACCAAAACAACAGCAACACAUUCGCCCAGCGCUCCGCCUUCUAUUAUGCUAUGAUUUUCCAUUUCUGAAACAGAAAACUGGGCCACAGAAGACUCCCGAGGCUGCGCGCUGAAGAGAUGGCGACAAGCCCCCGGCCAGGCCCUACGGACAUCCUGCUCUCCUCCCCGUCCAACACUUACCAGCCGGACUCCAUGAGCCAGCAGAGAGCCAGCCACGGCAGCAUGAAGCCUAACCAAGUGGGCCAGGUGAUUUUGUACGGGAUCCCCAUCGUGUCUUUGGUGAUCGACGGCCAGGAGCGGCUGUGCCUGGCGCAGAUCUCCAACACCCUGCUGAAGAACUUCAGCUACAACGAGAUCCACAACAGGAGGGUGGCGCUGGGCAUCACCUGCGUGCAGUGCACCCCGGUGCAGCUGGAGAUCCUGCGGCGGGCCGGGGCCAUGCCCAUCUCUUCCCGCCGCUGCGGCAUGAUCACCAAGCGGGAGGCGGAGCGGCUCUGCAAGUCCUUCCUGGGGGAGAACCGGCCCCCUAAGCUGCCGGACAACUUCGCCUUCGACGUGUCCCACGAGUGCGCCUGGGGCUGCCGGGGUAGCUUCAUCCCGGCCCGCUACAACAGCUCCCGGGCCAAGUGCAUCAAGUGCAGCUACUGCAGCAUGUACUUCUCGCCCAACAAGUUCAUCUUCCACUCCCACCGCACGCCGGAGGCCAAGUACACGCAGCCCGACGCCGCCAACUUCAACUCCUGGCGCCGCCACCUCAAGCUGACGGACAAGAGCCCCCAGGACGAGCUGGUCUUCGCCUGGGAGGACGUCAAGGCCAUGUUCAACGGCGGGAGCCGCAAGCGGGCCCUGCCCUCCGCCCCGCCCCAGCCCGGCGCGGCGGCGGCCGCCCAGUGCCACCCGCUGGGCUCGGUCAAGGCGGCGGCCGCGGUGGUGGGCGGCGGGCUGCUGAGCCCGCACCUGCUAGGGGCGCCGCCGCCGGAGCUGCAGCAGAAGCGGGCGCGCUUCGAGGAGGACGAGGAGCUGGAGGCGGCCGGCGGCGGCGGCAAGAGCCAGCGGAGCUACCCGGUCAUCCCGGUGCCCAGCAAGGGCUCCUUCGGCGGCGUGCUGCACAAGCUGCCCGGCUGCGGCGGCCUCUUCCCGCACCCCUACGGCUUCCCCGCCGCCGCCUUCGGCCUCUGCCACAAGAAGGAGGAGGGCGCGGCCGGCGAGGCCCACAAGGCGGCCGGCGGCCUCUCGGGCCUCUUCUGGCCCGGCCGGAAGGAAGCCGCCUUCUACCCGCCCUUCUGCAUGUUCUGGCCGCCCCGCGCCCCCGGCGGCCUGCCGGUGCCCACCUACCUGCAGCCGCCGCCGCAGCCGCCCAGCGCCCUCAGCUGCUCCCUGGGCGACAGCCCCGGCCUGCUGCGCCAGGCCUUCCUGGACCUGGCCGAGCCCAGCGGCGAGGCGGCGGCCGCCGGGCUGGGCGCCCCCCCGGCCGCGGCCGCUCCGGCUCCCGCUCCCCCGGCCAGCGGCAGCGGCAGGGACCCGCUCUUCGAGACGCCCCCUGGCGGCGGGGACGCCGCGUCCCCCGCGGCGGAGGCGGGCGGCGGGGGCAGGGUGCCGGCUCGCCACCCGCACCCGCACCCGCACCUGCUGGAGGGCCAGGCCGGCCGCAAGGCGGGCAGCGGCUACCACCACUCCAGCGCCUUCCGGCCGGUCGGGGGCAAGGAGGACUCGGAGAGCCUGGCCAAGCUGCACGGGGCCAGCGGCGGGCCCCACCACCCGGCCUCCCCGCUGCUGCUGGUGCAGGAGGAGCCGGGCUGCGAGCGCCACCCGCCGCUGCCGCAGCCCCAGGCCCCCCACCGCCUCCUCUCCCCGGGCGGCACCAGCUGCAGCUACCCCAGCGAGGAGAGCAGCGAGGAAGAGGAGGAGGAGGAGGACGAGGAGGAAGAGCAGGAGGUGGACGUGGAGGGGCACAAGCAGCCGGAGGAGGAGGAGCAGGAGGGGGACCAAGGGGUGGACGCCCUAGGGGGGAGCAGCCGGUACCUCCAGAGCCGGGGGCUGACGGAGAAAGGAGGAGGCAGCAGGGACCGGGCUGCUGCUACUGGCCUCUUCCCCAUCAACUCCUCCAGGCAGCAGCAAGAGGAGAAACUAGGGGACACCAGUGCAGAGCUGCAUCCUCCUCCCCCUGGCCCCCCGAAAGGGGGGAAUAGCAGCAGCAGCAGCAGCCCAGUGCACCAUCCAUCACUGGAGGAGCAGCCCUCCUACAAAGAUAAUCAGAAAAGCAAGGAAGGUAACCAAGUCAUUUUGGCUACAAAAGAGGACAGCAACUUUUCAGAUAAGAACAAAGAGCAUAAUUUUUUCAUCACAGAAGAGCCUUCAGGAGGAGACUUCUGGCGAGAUAUAGCAGGUGAGCACACACAAGAAACCAAUUCACCUCAUUCACUGAAGAAGGAUGUAGAAAACAUGGGGAAAGAAGAACUUCAGAAGGUUUUGUUUGAACAAAUAGAUUUACGGAGGAGAUUAGAACAGGAAUUCCAAGUGUUGAAAGGAAACGCUUCUUUCCCAGUAUUCAAUAAUUUUCAAGAUCAGAUGAAACGGGAGCUGGCAUACAGAGAAGAAAUGGUGCAGCAGUUACAAAUUGGACUCUGGCAAAUCCUCCUCUUUGUUUGCUCAACUUUGGGCUGGUCACAAAGUUCAGAUCCAUAAUUUGAUCCAACUGGAAUUUCCUCAGAGUUUGGAUGUGCUGCAUUUUGGAGCUAUCUCCAUUUCUGGCCUCUUUGAAGAACCGAGUAAUCCAGCAACUAUUUGACUGCAGAAUUGAUGUCUACCUCUCAGUCCCGCCAUUCAUGCAGGUUUUUAAAUGAUCAUGAGCCACCAAAAAACAAAAUUCUGCCCAACAAUUUGAUUUUUGAGGGCAGGAGACCACACUCCUCAUUGGGUCCUUAAUGUGCUACUGUAAUUUAAAAAAACAACCCACCAAUGGAGUUGCACUAAAAUUAAAGAGCUCACAAUUUAUGUUCUAUGAAGGAUAGGCCCCUUUUUAUGACCACGAUGUUCAGUGUAUGUGUGAGAGUGUAUCUAGUUGUAUGUGAAUGAGUCAGAUUAGGACCUGUCUGCCAUUCAGAAUUCUUUGGCUGCGAGUAGCAAUGCAACUCAGUGUGUCAAUGGCAUUACCAGUUUGUUUCUUUGCCUAAAGUUUUUAGACUAUAUUAACCUUGGCAAGGAUAGAGGCAGAAAUCAGUGUUACAGAGUGGCUCUGGAUUCCUCGAGCCCAGCCCUGUCCUCAGCUGGUACUUAUGUCCAUUGAUACCCAGCUAACUAUGUAAAAAGUGGCUUUGUGGGACCCCAUUGUUGUUUCUUCCUGAUAUCCAAGUCAGAUUGUCUCACUUUACAAAUGAAAAGAUGUUUCCCUUCCCUUCCCAAACAUACCUGCCAGUUCUGCAAGCUUGGUUCUCUCCAUCUGAUGCAUUAUCACCAGUAAUGGAGAUACUUCAGGCCAAAUUCUAUGUUUGGUGACACUAUGCAGCCCUGUUGUCUUCAAAUUCUGCAGUCAUUUGACCUCUUUACAGAGAGACAAGUAUAAACGAGAGCAGAACUUAGUCCCACAGUUGCUUGAUUAACAACUCUGGUGAAUGAGCUGGAAUAGAAUCCAACUCUCUUCCCCCACAGUUGGUUUUGGCUCUGCUGGGGCAUAAAGCAGUAAAACUUCCUUUUGUUACUGACGUCAGCAUAUAUGACUCUGAAUACAUACAGCAAGCUGCUCUGCUGGGUAAUCAGGUGCCAUUUUAUCUAGUUGUUUGGUUGCCAAUGGCUACUUUUUAAAAUACCAAACCUGUACCUGUGUCCCUGAAUGUGCUAUGUUAAUAAGAUGGAACAAUGCUCCUUUCCCAAGGUUUGGUAAAUCCAGACUGGAAAAGGAUGUCAUUGUGGAGUCAGCAACAAAGAGUCCUGUGGCACCUUGUAGACUAACAGAUGU